UUUAGUCUCGCUCGAGCCAUCGUGCGGGUAGGACGUGUACUCCUCUGGCUUGUUUCCCCGCGAAAAUUUACGUAUUUCAAAUCCGAUUUGCAAAUAAUAUCGGGUUUAUCGUAUAUUGUUUGUGAUUUUUAUGUUGUUGGAGUGUUGAGCCUGUUUGUGUUUCGUGAACGAUUUUGUUUAUUAUUUUUGAGGAUUUUGGUUGCAAUACCGGCUUUUUAAACGUAACAGUGCAACUAAUGCCUUCAUUUUCAUCGUGGCGCAUGAAACGGUGAGCGCGCUGGCGUGGUACGGCGGCGGCAUGCAGGCCGGCGGGUGGUUCCUGCCAUGGAGCAUGGGCAUGGGCAUGAAGCAGUACGCCGUGGCGCUGCCGAUGGGCGGCGUGGUGCCGCUCGUGCCGCCGAUGCUGGCCGCGCUGCCGCCGCAGCCGCCGCAGAUGCGGCUCAUCGCCCCGCCGCCGCUGCCGCUCCAACAGCCCUGUAGAAAGGGAGAAAAGGACAGCGGCAAAAACUGCAUACUGUCGUGCGAAAAGAGGAAGGCGGAUGACACAGACAUCAACAAAGACUUGAAAAAGGCAAAAUUAGAGACCAAGGCGCUAAAGGCGAAGAGGCCGGGAUUCACGGACGACCGUUACAACGAGACUUCCUAUUAUAUCGAAAAUGGCCUCAGAAAAGUAUACCCCUACUACUUCACAUUCACCACAUUCACCAAAGGUCGGUGGGUCGGCGAGAAGAUUCUCGACGUGUUCGCGCGCGAAUUCCGCGCGCACCCUGCGGCGGAGUACGAACGGUGUAUCAGAGCGGGCACGUUGACGGUCAACUAUGAGAGGGUUGACCCCGAUUACAGGCUGAAGCAUAAUGACCUGCUCGCUAAUGUUGUGCAUAGGCACGAAGUACCGGUGACCAGCCAACCGAUCACCAUCGUACAUAUCGACGAGGAUAUCGUGGUCGUCAACAAACCGGCCUCUAUCCCCGUGCAUCCUUGCGGGCGAUACCGACACAACACGGUCGUAUUCAUUCUGGCCAAGGAAUAUAACUUGAAGAACUUGAGGACUAUACAUAGACUGGACAGGCUAACAUCAGGGCUGCUCUUAUUCGGCCGGAGUCCGAAGAAGGCGAGACAGAUGGAGCAUCAGAUAAGGAACAGACAGGUGCAAAAGGAAUACGUCUGCCGAGUCGACGGCGAGUUUCCUGAGGAAGAGAUAGAAUGCCUAGAGGCGAUAGAAGUAGUGAGCUACAAGAUUGGCGUCUGCAAAGUAUCAGCGAAGGGCAAGGACUGUUCAACGGUGUUCAAACGGCUCGGCUACAACCCCCGCAGCAACACCAGCGUCGUGCUGUGCAAGCCCAAGACCGGCAGGAUGCACCAAAUCAGGGUGCACUUGCAGUAUCUAGGCUACCCCGUAGUGAACGACCCCCUCUACAACCACCCAGUCUUCGGCCCCCUCCGUGGCAAGGGGGGUGACACCGGUGGUAAAACAGACGAGCAGCUGGUUCGCGACCUCAUCGCCAUCCACAACGCGGAGAACUGGCUUGGAGUUGAUGCAGCUGAUGAUGAUAUGCUGUUUUCGAAACCAGUGCGUGAUGAUAAAGGUGUUGAAGAUGACUGCGACACUGGCCCAACCUCCAGAGAGUCGUCUCCAAGACUGGAGUCUCCUGCCCCAGGGGUGACACCAUCCACUGUCAUGACGCCGACCCUCCCAAGCCCUUCGAGCGCAGCAGAGGCGCCCUUGGAUGCGUCACCAGCAGUCUGUACCCUCGCGCCCUCGCCCACGCCUUCGGCAGCUAUGAACGACGACUCCAGUGAUGCCAAGUCGGACAAAGUGACAGUGGCAACGCAGACGGGCUGCGCGGCCACCGCCACGAGUUCCGUCAGCUCGGCCAGCGGUUCCACUGACGCACUGUCUGCCGACCCGCACUGCUACGAGUGCCGCGUCCGCUACCGUGACCCGAGGCCCAGAGACCUGGUUAUGUAUCUGCACGCUUGGAAGUACAAGGGACCCGGCUGGGAGUACGAGACGGAGCUGCCACAGUGGGCGAGCGUGGAAUGGGACGAGCCGGAAAAUUCAUAGUCACACGAACUGACACCAUUGCGGCGGCGCCUCGCCGGUUCACUCUACAUCAACCACAGACCGCGGAAAUUUAAAGACUAAAUCAAGGUCAAUAGGGUGAAGACCGUCUGCGAGGCAUGACCGUCCACGCAGAAUUUUAUAAGUACUGUACUGUAGGUAGCUGUUAUGAGGCACUGCUUUACGGAUCAUGUCUUAAACGGCGUACACAAGAGAUAAUAAUGUGUAGACAUUAUUGCCUUACAGAUGGUUUUCCCGCAUAGAUCUUACUGAAACUGUUAAUAAUGCAAUUUGGACUGAUUUUAUUGAUAAAUGAUGUUUUAAAAUGAGAUGUUGAUGAUUGUUAAGCUGUUUUCACUCUUGUCAACUAGAUAAAGGCCCCAUAAAUGUUGACUAGGACCGUAGUUGCCAUGAUUCGGGUAAUUUAGUGCGAGGUGCCGUUCGUUCGAUGAUGGUUUGAAAUCGGCUGUUUGAAUCGCAGUGCUCUGGAGUAAAUUUUAUAGUAACUAAACUAAGUGAGAAUUAGAUUAAGUAAUUUCGAUUUUUUCUGCGUAUGAAGUUCCGCUCUAAUUUGGACCUCUUAUACUAGUUUCAUUAGCAGAUCUUAAUAGAGCACUCAGAAUAUUAAGGCCUGGAAGGUCAGUCAAGGCAGCUAAUACAAAUAUAUUAUUCUGGUAGUCCUAAUUUUUUGCAACAUCGAUAGAGAUGGAGAUAGUUGCCUUUAAGUUUCACUUUUAAAAUUAUUGCAUCUGUGUAACUAGGUUUUUAGGCCUUAAUAUUCUUAGUUUGAGCACUUAUUUUGAUACGUUCUUAAUCAUUUUCGGUUUGAUUGUGUGUAGUUUACGAUUUUAGAUGUUUAUGUCAGUGUUCAGUUCCUAUCGGCCUAGGAUGUUUCGUCGCUUGUUGUAAUGUAGGGCUAAGGAUGUAACAAUAGAAUAUCGGUAACUGUAAAAUAGUUAUAUCGCUUUAACGAGGCAGGGUCAGAACCACAAUCAUAAAUGAAUAUAUAAAAUUUGAAAUGAAAAUGAUUAAUAAAUAAAACACACAAUGGGAUAGCUCUUCUAUUUAAUUCUCAAAACGGAAUUUAUGUAAAUUUUAUUAGAGAUUCACAGCGUGUGCGAUGAAAAACACGAACUUUUUGUUGUUUUUCACCCCGCAUGAAUACGUAAAUCAUUAUUUCGAACAAAUCUUGGACCACUGCAUAUUUUCUUAUAUUAAAAUUGAAAAUAGGACCACUUUUAAACAUUUUUUAGAAAGCUAUCUCUGUAUCAGUAGACGCGUGUCUAUAAUAAAUGCUUAAGUAAAAAUUAAUCUAAAAUAACGCAUUUUUGUAGGCAGUGUAUAGUGACGUCGUCACAUUUUGGCUUCCAUAGUUUUGAGUAGAAAAGAAAUAAAGUUUUUAACGUGUUAAGACAGACCUUAAGAAUUUUGUACUCGACUUACAUUGUGACAAUUCCGAAUUCUACGGGCCAAUUCGAACAAUGAUCUAGAUAUCAACUAGAUAUCCACUAGAUAUGAAACAGAAACGAUAACGCGAUAUUUAAGAAAGUCAUGUCAAAUUUGACAUUUCCGCGAUUCCGAAUGUCCUCUUGGACGAUCUCUUUAAGAUUUGCUUAAGAUAUUACUUAGACCUUAGACAUCCAAUGGAUAUCUAAUGGAUAUCCCAAUACGUCACAAUUAUUGUAGCGUAAAAUGACAAUUAGUUUAUCGAAUCGAACUGCAAAAGAUAACUAAACUAAAAGUUGAGAACUAAACUAUAAGGUAUCUAUUAGAUCUCGUAUUGUUCUCGUAUCUAGUAAUUAUCACGUUGUUCGAAUUGACCGGUUACUCUCUUCAUUAUGAAAUUAUCUCUUGUAUCAGAGCUUUUUGUGAUAAUGCAUUUAUUGUAUUUUCCUCUUCGCUGAAAACUAAAAAAAGACAGUUUAUAUGCGUAACUUUAACAUGACCAAAGCAAUAGGUCUUUAUUUAUCCAAAGACAGAUAUUAAGUUUACAAUAGAUGACUCAGCAGAUCGAAGCACAUUUUAAAGACAUGGACGCGAUGUUCACCAAAGGAGGCUAAGUCGAACGUACAUUUUGGCAUCAAAUUGAUAUCUAAAGGAUGUCAUGUCCGUACAUGAGCAUGUGCGCGGGCGAUACGCACGGGCGAAUGAUAAUAAAAUUAAAUAACUUAGGUAUAAUAUAAUGUCAAAAUGAAAGUUUAAGUUGGCCUCCAGUUAUGUUUACGUUUGUGUGUUUUUAGUUAUAAGUUUUUUACAGUUUGGUUUCAUUAAUUCUUGUUUGGAUUGUUCUUUUGUCUAAUGGUUUAUUAUUUAGACUCGAAAUGACAUUAGUGUCAUUUCGAGUCUAAAACUCGAGUCGGAUUAACGCUGGUUCGUUUACGGUAGAUAUAUUUAUUAUCUUAUCGUAGGUAUUAAAUGUAAAAGACAAUUCUUGUUAUUAAUAACGUUUCACGAGCUUUCAUAAAAUUAGUUUGGAAAAAUAUAUAUUUUUCUUACUUGUAGCGUAGCAGUAGUAUGCAGAUAUGUUGUUCCCUGUUAUAUAAUGAUAUUAGGCGAGUAUGGAGUAAGCAAUCAUCACAUAUAAUCAUUUUUCAUUGUUACAUUACGUACAUCCAAAAACGAGAUAAUAAUGCUCGCUGAUUUGUGUUAUUUUUGUUAAUAUAGUGGUUACUUACUUGUGGUAGUUGUGGUCAAUACGGAUAAGUGUAGCAUACAGAUAAAUUGCUCCUUGCGUUUAAUAGUAAAUGUAUGAACUCGUAAUAAACACUGAUCAAUGUGUAAACAGGCCCCAAUGUGAAGGCCAUCGACACUUACCCGUAUGCCACACUUAACCUUACAUCAAAUUAGCUCGAUAGAAAAUCGAACCAAAAACGCCGCAAAUCGGCCUACCUCGCUUGAUGUUUACAUUCAAAAAUGAAUUAAUACAUACCUAUGUCUUCACCGAUAUUGAUAUUGGAUAUUACAUUGACUUUGUUGACUAGGCUGCUUACUUCAAACGAAGCCAAUUCGCGCUGUUGUUGCUAUCGGCUAUACAAUGUACAUAUAAUGCUAAAUGUGAUUGUGCUAUUUCUAUUACUUUUCGCAUUAUCUCUAUCACAUUCUCUAUUAUCUCUAUUGGGAUCAAAGUAAUUUAAAAGUCAGGGAAACCCCGAACAGUCACCGUAAUGUUAGAAUUGUAAUCCAUGUUUUAAAAGAAUUUUGUAAAAACAGUAGCAUGUACAGUGUAAGUUAUCAGUGGCAUAUCACCUAGGUACCACAUUGAGAUCAUUCACGGUGUACCGGUUUCUGAAUGGUCUCACCGACGAAUAUUGUUGUAUUUUUAUAGUAUUUAAGACAUGUUUAUACAUUAUGUUAAAUAAUUAAGCAAACUGUUUGGAUAACUGUAAGGCUGGCAGUCGGUCGUCUGAUUUUUGGUACAUCAUUGUUACAAAAAAAUAUCCCCCAGUCUUGCUUUAUCAAGUUUUUUUAACUUUCCCAGUUUUGCCUCUUGACAUAAAUUUAUAUUUGUCGCAUUCGGUUUAUCAUUUAUUUGUAAGAAAUUUUCAUGUGCCUUCUCAAAUAAUGAAAGAAUAAAGAUAACUUGUAAUAGUAAUGUUUUUAAAUUACAGUUACAUUGUAAUUGUUACACGUUUUAACGUAAGUAGACACAUUUGGCACUCGCGAGUUAGAGAGGCGUGGCUCAGAGGAUACUAUCAAGUUUUUUUUUUGUAACUACCUACUAAGGCCAAUACGGAUAAGUGUGGCAUAACGCUACGUGUGGCUGGCCUUCACAUUGGGGCCUGUUUGCACAUUGAUUAGUGUUUAUUGCAGGUUCCUACAUUUGCUACUUGCGUUUAGUGGCAAAUUUAUAAACUCGCAAUAAACACAUCAAUGUGUAAACAGGCCCCAAAGUGAAGGCCAGUCACACUUAUCCCACAGCCACACUUAGCCGUAUUGACCUUAAUCAGAAUAAUAAUUCAGCCUUUUAUACGUCCCACUGCUGGGCACAAGCCUCCUCUCAUGCGCGAGAGGGUUUGGGCUAUAGUCCCCACGCUAGCCCAAUGCGGAUUGGAGACUUCACGUACACCUUUGCAUUUCUUCGCAGAUGUAUGCAGGUUUCCUCACGAUGUUUUCCUUCACCGAAAAGCUAGUUGUAAAUAUCAAAUGAUAUUUCGUACAUAAGUUCCGUUAAACUUAUUGGUACAAGCCAGGAUUUGAACCCGUGACCUUCGGAUUGAAAGCGUAUUAACCUUACAUGAUUAAUAUUUGUGAAGUACAUUUUCUUGGAACCUAUUAAAUUACACACGUGUAAACCUCUUAAAAAUAAAAUUGUAACAAAUUAAUGACAGUUAUACAUAUCCUCUGUCCAUACUUUCUCUCGAUUUUGGCACAUUUUUACCAGAAUACACUAAGUUAGCGAUCAGUUGCGAUAUAGUCGUGCCAUAUAUAUGGCAUGUGUUAUUUAAGUUGUUUUGUUUUUUAAUACUAUAUGACAACAUGAAAGACAUUUGUUUAUUUGAUAAGUAUUAUGUACUAAGAAUAUAAUAGUGUUUCCUUCUUUAGAUUCAUGUUAUAAGCAUUCAUGUUUCCACUUAAAUUUAAUUAGAAUAAAAUCCAUCAUUGGC